GAGUGCGUUGAAGGAGCUCAGAAAAACAAUUCUAGUCAUUAAAUUUGUUGGUGAUAAGAGAAUAACGGAGAUCUCCCCACAAAAUGGUGAUUCCGUGAAUAAAUAUCACGUCCUCAUGGAAGAUCUUAAGAAGCUUCCACUCACGGUGAAUUGGAGAAAAAUCGCCUCUGUCACCCCCAAUAAUUGUUUAUUUAAAUAUAGACGAUAAUGCAGAUGCCUCGGAAAUACAAUAGAUAAAUUAAAUGCUGAUAAUACCGAGUCAGUACUGAGAUAAACAAAAACAAGUGAAUGAUCGCUCUCAAUUGUGACAAUUGUGGUGGUUCCGGAUGACCAUUGGCGUUCUCAUGGCAUUGUGCCAGUAAUUGAUCAUACUUGUUAUCAUUAUUUCCUGAGGUGAUUGGGCGGACAAUGCGGUAAAUUAUCGUCGGGAAAUGUCUGUUAUCAGCCGGAAAGUAGUCAUGACAUGUGCUGUGGAAAGUUUCACCGCUGCAAUGGCGCUAGUGGAUCCAGAAAUGGUGAGUUGGAGUCUGCACUCCUUCCUCACAUGCAGCGAGGGCUGUCAGUCUGGGAUUUAUCAGUUUGCGAGCACGCGAUACGAUGGAUCCAGUGUUAUCGUGAUAUGAGACAAGAGUUUUGGUGUUGAGAGCGUGCGAUGGACUUUUGACAGCCAGAAACCAUUCAGCAACAGCUCUGUUCGUUUGUCCUUGGUGUUUUUGAAGUGGAAGAUACAGUGGAGUGGUGGAGGUGAUAGUGGAAUAAAUGAGAAGAUGGCAAGGGUGAAAAUAAAUGGGCAACAAUUGCCCAUAAAGGCACAUUAUUUCUUCUUCAUGGCAGCGAUGGGUCCCAUACUCCCAUUCCUCCCUGUGUACGGAAAACAACUUGGGGUGUCCUCAGUGGCAAUGGGAACGAUAACUGCUGUCCUGCCUUUCCUCUAUCUCCUCUCGAAACCUCUGUUCGGAUUCCUCGUGGAUUAUUUUCGUAACUGGAGGAAGAGCAUCUUCAUUGGCAUUCUUAUUUGGUGCUCUUUGUCCUUUGUGCUCCUGUAUUGUUUGCCGAGAGUACCAGAGUUACCCAAAGAUGUUGAACACAAUCAGAAUUUUACGAGGGAACUUGUCUGCGGAAAGAUGGAUCCUUGCAGGAAUCAGAACAAUGACACGUGCUCCAAGAAUCAUAAAUCUCAAAUCAUCUGCUCGCACGUGUGCAACACGACUAUUCAACGAUUUUACGUGACCAUGAAAUUGGCUGACCUUGAUGGAAAGCACCUGACACCGCAGUGUGUGAUAGCCGAUGAAUCAGACUCCAGGGAACUCGAUCCCUCGAUAUGCACCCCCAGUUCAGACUGCACAAUUAAUUGUCCUGUGAGGCGUGAUGACAUGGAAAUUGACACCUCGUGUCUUCUCGAGAGCUAUAGUUUUUGGAUUUUUGUGCUUCUUUUCUCACUUGGCAGCAUCGCCUUCAAUGUCACCAAUUCCAUCAGCGAUGCGAUAUGCUUUGAUGUUCUUGGGGAAGGUGGCCACAUGGGCUACGGAAGACAAAGAGUCUGGGGUACAAUUGGUUUCGGCGUAGCAGCCCUGAUAUCUGGUGGAGCCAUUGACCUAGCUUCCAAGGGUCAUAUUGUCAAGUCCUAUACACCAGCAUUUCUGCUGGUUCUCAUAUUCACGAUUGUGGACGUUUUUUGCUGCACGAAGCUGGAGCUGCCAGCGGUCACAGGCUCGAAGAACAUCGCCAAAGACGUUCUCAAGCUCCUCAAAACUCAAGUAAUUUCAAUAUUCCUGGUCUUCGCAACAGUGGCAGGCAUCCUCGACAGUUUUAUCAUCUACUUUUUAUUCUGGUACCUGGAGGAUCUUGCCAUUCAGACGAAUCACUUGGACCAGAUCAAGUUGAUCGAGGGAUUGAUUGUAGCUGCUGAGACACUCGGUGGAGAGGUGGUGUUCUUCUCCCUCUCUGGGAAAAUCCUGAAGAAAUUCGGCUACGGCUACAGCCUCACCUUUUGCUUCAUCUGCUACGGCCUGCGAUUGGGACUAAUAUCACUGGUAUCGAAUCCCUGGUGGGUAAUUCCCAUUGAAUUGCUCAUGCAGGGGCCAACUUACGCCCUUUGUUACACGAUUAUCGUGGGAUUUGCCAGUGUUGUGGCACCUCCUGGAACUUCAGCUACCGUCCAGGGAAUUAUUGCUGGAAUGGAUGAUGGGCUGGGAUUUGCAUUGGGCAGUUUAUUGGGCGGGAUUUUGUAUAAAAAAAUUGGAGGCCCGGCCACCCUUCAAGUAUUUGCUGCCAUCGCUGGGCUGACAGCUGCAAUUUACUUCAUCACAUACUGGACGAUAUUGAAGGAGAAAAUGCCAAAGACGAAGAGCCAAGGCACAAAUGACAAAGCCAACAGAGACGAUAUUGAAUGGAAAAAUCCUGAGGCUGCAGCCCAGGAAUGUCAAACCCUUGGGGAUUAAUUGGUGCCAUUACGUUUUACCUCGAUGCCAUAUUCUGAUCAAUUUAUUGAUAAGAGAUAUUUUUUUACAAUAUUUGCGACUAUUUUAUAAAAAGAAUCCAUUACAUACAUAUGUACAUCGAUAGAUUAUAUGAAGCAGCAUGUAAAUAAAAAGAUAUUCUCUAU